AUGUCGGAUAGUGAUGAUUCAUUUGUCCCUCCAGAAGAUACUAAUCCAAAAAAAGAAAGUAAGAAGAAUAUGAAAAGAAAAAAUGAAUCAAAGAAUGAGGAAGAUGACAAAAAGGUAGUUUCAUCUAAAAAACAAAAAAAAGAUGAAGGAAAUGAAAAUUCAGCUGAAGGAAACUUUAUUGUAGGAAAAGAUGGUGUUAAAAUGUAUUCUCUCGGAAAUGAAAGAUACAUACAUAAGAGUGGUUUUAAAGGUAAAGAAUACAUUAACAUAAGAGAAUAUUAUAAAGCUGAUGGUGAACUAAAACCUGGUAAAAAGGGAAUAUCUUUAACUAUUGAACAGUUUGAAAAUUUGAAAAAUGCAAUUCCUUUUCUUUGA